GUCGGUCGAGUAGUUAUCAUUUAGGAAGCAAACGGAAAAGGAAAAGGGAGCGAGCAAGAAAGAAAGGAAAUAAAGAGUUUUGUGGAUUCAAGCGUUAUGGUGUCUGUGAGCCCAAACCCAGCUCAGGGGUUUUACUUCUUCGAUCCCGCUACCACGGACCCUCCUGCUGGUCCCAAUUCUCUGCCGCCGCCGACCACCACCACCACCGGCGCUGCAAGUGCUUCUACGGCGUCGUUCCCGGAUGAUCCGAAUAAGAAGGUCCGGAAACCCUAUACGAUUACCAAGUCGAGGGAGAGCUGGACGGAGCAGGAGCACGAUAAGUUCCUCGAAGCUCUCCAACUAUUUGAUCGGGACUGGAAGAAAAUUGAAGCAUUCGUAGGGUCUAAGACGGUUAUCCAGAUUCGUAGUCAUGCACAGAAGUAUUUUCUGAAGGUUCAGAAGAGUGGAGCAGGUGAGCAUGUGCCACCGCCUCGACCAAAGAGAAAGGCAGCUCAUCCGUAUCCACAGAAAGCCCCUAAAAAUGUUUCGUCCCAAGGUACUAGCCCAUAUCAAUCUUCAUCUGCUAUGCUUCAACCUGCAUAUGUUUAUAGGCCAGAUUCAUCAUCAGUUCCUGGGAAUCCAAUAACCAGUUCAACUUUGUCUACUUGGAGUUUUAACUCUCCGCCUGUAGCCUGUGUCUCACAAGUGAUAAAAGACGAUGCGGGAUUGAUUGAGCCACCCAUUGUAAAUAAUUGCUGCUAUAGUAGUAGUAAUGAAAGCACUCCAAGGACUUGGCCAAGAGGGGAAAAGGUCGAUCAAGAGGAUCAUGAAAAGCCAGUUAGAGUAAUGCCAGAUUUCGCUCAAGUUUACCGGUUCAUUGGCAGUGUCUUUGAUCCCAAUGCCACUGGUCACUUGCAGAGACUGAAGCAGAUGGACCGAGUAAAUUUGGAAACUGUAUUGCUGUUGAUGAAAAACCUUGCUGUAAAUUUGACAAGUCCUGUAUUUGAGGAUUAUAAAAGGCAGCUUUCAUUGAAUGAUACUGACCACGAGAAGGCCAAAUCUGGUAGCUCUUUCAACAAAAUCUGUGCCGAUCAAUCACAUAGUGCCAUUCUAUCUGCUUAGGAAGUGAAAGGUACGACCAAUAAACGGAAAAUGCCGGGCAGAGCAAGACAUGGAUAUGGCAUCGUGAUAACCCGAAAUCUGUGUACAUAAACUCUUCAGAGGAACUACCAGUUCGUAGCACUACUGCUCUUUGGCUAAUUAUGUACUUGUUGCAUCCAUCAGCGUAGGAUAAAUGAGUUCAGUGAUUUCAAGCUUAGUAUCGAGAGCCAUCAUCUGUAAAGAGUUGCAAGCGUUGUGUCAUUCAGUUUUGACUGUAUAUAGUUGUAAUUUUGUUUUGUAGGUUUUGCAUACUUAGUUUAGUCUUAAAAGAGUCAUCUGUCAUCUUCUGGGUAACUGUUUAUGAUGAGAUGAUAUAAGUAUGUAUCUUGUCCUUGUGUGUGAACAAACUUUCUAUUGCUUAGUAAUUUUUCAUAAUGGCAAAAAUACUCAUUUUCAUUGUUA